CCUCAGUUGAUCUUCCUGUGUGUGUUGGAGUGGUUUUGUAGUCUCCACGUGUCUGGUUCAAGUGACAUACAAACGAUAUCUAGUGAGUCUCGUGUUUGUGGAAUGGAUUUAACGAGUAUGCGAGACUAUUGUGAGGCCGAGGCAGAAGAGGAGGAGUGAAGGGGAGAGGAACGAGUGUGCUUUGUUUCGUUGAGAAGAGACGCUGAAAGAAAAUAAGAAACCUACUUGGAAAAUGCAGACGAAGAAUGUAAAUGUGCAGUCACCAUCUACUGUUAGCAAGAAUGAGAAAAAUGCAGCAGUCGCGGCCAUGACAUCAAACGGCUCUCUGAUGAACGGAGGGCAUAGGAUGAACGGCACGGGGGGCGGCGGGGGCGGAGGGCCAGCGGGGGAAGGGGGCACUAACCCCUCCUCCAGCCCCUACCAGCCCCUCCCCGUCACCUCCUCCACCUACCUCCAGAUGGGUUCGCCUUACCUCCCCGUCCCUGUCUCCUCGAGUGCUAAGAACCAGUCACCAUACCAACAUCUUCCAUCCGUGACGUCACCAGCUUACCAGCCAAUGAACGGAGGGCAGAAUCUGACGUCAUCGGUGUAUCAGCCAAUGAAUGGAGGGCAGAUCAUGACGUCAUCCGCUUCAUUGCCCUAUCAGCCCCCUCCUCUGCCUCCUCGCGUUGGCCCCCGGCACAAGGAGUCCCCCAUGCCCCCAGGUAACGUGGUGAGCGUCUACAAACCAGUACCACCGCCGAAGCCAUUUUCUGGAUCGCCAGUAUCAAACAACAACAACAACAACAACAGUAACAGCAACAGCAGCAGUAGUGGCGGCAGCGGCGGCUCAUCAGAGAGUCAGCAGGACAGCAGAAGACAGGAGCAGCAGGAAACAGCAGCUUCUUUGAGGGAACAGCUGGCCAGUGUGGCGGGAUCCACCCUUCAGACAGGACUCCCGCCCCUCCUGCCCCAUAUCCUAGUGACGGAUCAAGGACAUUUUCACACCCACUCCGCCAAGUUCCCGAUCGAAACAAAGGAGGCACCAGGAACCACCUUCUCUAACGCCACUUCACACUCUUCCUGGCACCCUCCCCCUCCACGCCCCCCGCCUGGCCCUGCUCUUAUUUCUGGCUCCUCCACGCUUGGCAGGGGGCUCAGGGGGGUCAGUGGGCUGGCAGGGAUGGGCAUGGCAAAAGGUAGCACCCUGCCUCGGUCCACCACGGCGCCCACGACUCACGCUCGUCCGUCGGUUGCUACACACGCGACCAACGGAGUGGGAGGAGGAGGAGGAGGAGGGGGGGAGAGGGAUCACCUUCUCUCCACUGAACGUCACAUCCGCUUCAGUGACGGAAUCGACAACCCGGGGCUAGUGGACGAGCACACGCACAUGCAGAGUUAUCGCACACAGGGAGGAGGCGGAAAUGGAGGAGGAGGAGGAGGAGGAGGCGGAGGAAACAUGGCAAACGGUGGAGGAGCACCAAGGCCCCCUUCAGGCAUUCCUCCCGAGGGUACACUGGCUGGUGUUCUCCCUUCGCAGGCACAGCAACGCCCGUUCGACUCUCCUUUCCUCUCCCGACCUUACCGCACAAGCACCCACCAGUACCAUCCCCCCACCUCCCAGCAUCUCCCCGGCCCCUCCCACCUCCCCCCUGUGUCCUCCCACGGGCUAGUCUCCUCCCAGUACCAUCCCCCCGGCACCCAGCACCUUCCACUCUCCUCUGCCCAAGUGGGAGCCUUCAACAGGGAGACUUGGACAAGGAACUCUCAGGGACAACUUGCGGGCCUGGUUGAGCUCCACCCUCCCCAGGGUCAUAUCCAUCUCAACGGCCACGCCCCCCAACACCACCACACCCCGACCUCCGCGCCCACCUUCCCCCACAACGGCGUGGCUCACCAUCACCACGCCCACCCCCACGCCCACCCACAGCCUAAUAAUCACGUGGAGGGUGCGCACACACACCCCGCCCCCCAGCACUCCCACGCCGGCGAGGGAGCCGAUGAUGAGUCUUCGGAGCGGCGGGAGGAGGCGCGGAAGGAGGACAAGUGGGGCUCCCUCACGCGGGGGCUCGCGGCGCGGAAGUACCAGAACUUUAAGGAGAAGCUUAGUAACAAGUUCUCCAAGAGCGAAAAGCCCGAGGACCGUCCCGGCUCGCAAGGGGAGGCGCAGGGUAGGAACGGCACCUCAUCUCAGGGUAGCAGUACCCAGGAGGGCUCUUCGGUGCCUUCUUCAAGUGCCCCCGGCGCCAGGCAGGAGCUCGGGGGUCAGCCAGCCGCGGCGGCGCUGGACGGUGGCCGCGCUGCCAAGCUAAACACCAGUUUUCGCAAAGCGAUGCACCAAAGCUCGGGGAAGGAGGCGAUGGCGGGGGAGGCUGCCCUGAAUGGCCCUCAAGAGCAGAACAGCGGCGGAGGUCAGCAGGUCAGUGGUGGUGUCGGAGGAGGUCUUCCCCCACACUACCCGCGCCCCGCCGCCUCCCGCCCCCCCGCUGCCCUCCCACCGCAGUCCUCACCGCCGCUGGGUCGCCCGCCGGAGCACAUGGGCCGCGGACUGGCCAACAGACGCUCGGGAUCGUAUCACCACUUGGCACACCUGCGGCAGGAGGCACCCACGUGGCGGCCACACCACUACUCCGCUGACAACCUCGCCGAAGGCCACGCACUGCCCUCAGACCACACCUACUCUGGUCCCGCGGCGGGGGCGGGGCGGGGCCAGCCGGCGGGUGGCGAAGGCAGCGGCGGCAGCGGGGGCGGCUCAGACUCAGGGCGCGGCACAGCUGGCUCAGGCGGCGAGGGGCGGCCCGUCAACGCCCUGGACACCAGCCUGGACUCUGCCGCCUCGCAGAGACACGCUGGGCAAGGCCACUCCUCAGGGAACGACUCGGAGUGGGUGGACGUGACGGACACGGAGCUGCAGCGGAUCAUGAAACUCGGCGCGGAGGGGAAGGGCGGCGGCAGAAAUGGCGGCGGCGGCGGCGUGGCGGGAAGGGAGUCACUGGCUGCCACCCCUCCUCUCCCCCCCCUCUCCCCUGAAGGCUCCCCCGCGUCCUCCCCCGCCAGGCACCGCAAGCACAGCCUCUCCUACAGCACGAGCGGCCUCAACAAGCCUGACCUGCUGGAGGCUGCCGGCAGGAGGCGUGGCGGCCCUGGGGGCCAGGAGUCGACCCAGUCCACGCCGCGGCGGGAGGGCGGCUCGCAGGGCACCCACGGCCACGGCAGGUCAGUCUCGAAAGUCAGCUCCGGGGGCGGCAGUGGCGGCGCACACAAAGGGUCCGUGCCGCCUAUGGGAGUCGGCUGGCCGCACCGCAAGGAGGACGUGAGGCAGCGGAGCGCUUCCUUCGACUCCCACAGACACAAGAACAGGAUCAACUUGGAUCCGGGCGUCGGGGACCUGGAGGCCGGCGAGAUGACCUCCACCACCGACGCUCUGGACCUGGACUCGAUGCUGGACGGGGCGACGGAGGCCACCACGGACGACGAGGCACUCUCCGCUUACGACCCCGACGUGCACCUCAUUAGGAAGCAGCUGGAGGGCCUCGAGGGCAUGUACUCUGAGGUUCUCAAGUUGCUCGGUGGUGGUGGACGGCGGGGCGGAAGGGCACUGCUUGGCGGCGGAGGGGACCUGAAGACCUCCCGCCGACGCAUGCACGGGUCUCUGUCCUCCCUGCCCUCCUCCGUGAUGUCCUCCCGCCCCGGCAAAGAUAGGAGGAAGGUGAUUGAUGACCGAGUAAGAAGGACAGCAAGAGACAGCGGUAGUAAGAACAUCCACAAGCGGUUCCAGCGCCUCGAGAGCCACGUGGUCACCCUGGCUCGCAGCGUGGCGCACCUCAGCUCGGAGAUGCGCACGCAGCACCUCAUGUUCCAGGAGAUCGAGAGCGUGCGAGCGGAGGUGGCGGCCCUACGGAAUGGCGGUGGCGGUGGCAGCGGGGGCGGGGGCGUGGCAGGGGGCGGCGGCGGCUUCCCAGCGAAGGUCGGGGGACACGUGUCUUGGGAGUCCUUCAGGGCAGGCAUCCCGGGCCUGUCCAACCCUGGCAGGGUCAAGAAACUCACCCAGUUCUUUGGUGACGAGCCGCCGUUAGUCAGGAUCUUCUUGAGGAAACUGGGAUACGAGAAAUACGCGCCGUUGUUCGAGCAAGAGAAGAUCGGGAUGCUGGAGCUGCCUUACCUCACUGAAGAACGCCUGCACAAGAUCGGGAUCCCUAUGGGCCCGAGACUCAGGAUCCUGCAGGAGGCACAAGGACCCAUCAGGAAGGAAGGGAAUCUGAGCGUCUAUGUGGUGUGAAAACGGAUUGGAUCUCUUAUGUUGGUGUGGAUAGGGAGCUAGAUUACAUUUUUCUUUUGUCUCGAAUAGUGUGAAUAGGGAGUUGGAUCUUAUUUUCUUUGAUUCUCUUGUCUGGGGUGUGAAAUGGGGUUUAUAUAUAUUCUCUCUCUCUCUCUCUCUCUCUCUCUCUCUCUCUCUCUCUCUCUCUCUCUCUCUCUCUCUCUCUCUCUCUCUCUCU